UUUCAAGGGACUUGCACAGAGGAGAGCAACUGAAUUGAACCCUCCGUUAUCCUUCAACCACCGUGAUCAGCCCAUCCACAUCAAUUGAUCAGGAAAUACAUCGUAAUAUAUAUUUAAAUCAGGAUGUGAAGCCGCAAGUCUGUAGACCAAGAAUUACUCACACAUAUUAAUUAGCGAGACCGCUUCUGUCUAAACUUGUUUGCAGUAGGAAUGGGAGAGUCCGGCAGAGACACUAAAGGAACAUGACAAAACAGCUCUAAUUCCAAUGCUGCCAGACCUGCUGAGAUUUUCCAGGUCCAAGAUCCUGGAAAUUGCUUCGGCAAUGGAUUCUAUUACUAACAUUUGUUUGGGCUCCAGGAGCUGCAAACGGAGUCUGCAUGUGCGAUGGUAAUCUUGAUUUCAGGACUUUUAAGUUUCGCCAGGUGAGAGAAGAAUGUUGCUUAAAUUUCACUGGUUCUUCUAUUGGUGCCCUUCAAUGGAAUGUCUUCACAAACCUGUCAGGAAUCAAAGUCCUGGACCUCUCAAAUUGCAACAUAUCUGACAUCUAUGACGUGGAUGAAAACCCAAGCUCUCUGGAGGUCCUAUACCUGGACCACAAUCAAUUAGAACAAUUACCUUCUAACUUCCUCACAAAUGUGCCCAGCUUAAAGAUCCUUCAUCUGGAGGAAAACCACCUUCAACAGUUACCAGAGAACAUUUUAGAAGCUUCAGACCAGAUUCAGGAGCUGUACCUGGACUCCAACAAUUUAAAUUCUAUACCUCCUAGUGUCUUUAAACCAAGCCUUGAGAAAUUGUCUCUUUUCAAUAAUACCUUGGAGUGUACAUGUGCCUUGUAUGAUGGUUUGGCAAAAUACAUGUCAGCAAAUGUAAGCAUCAGUAGAUCAGAAAAUGUAAUUAUUUGCUACACAUCAAAGCACCCACAAGGUCUGAAUAUCAUGGACAUUCAUCGCUCAGAUAUCUGUAGGUCCCAUGGUCUCACAGCUCUCUUCAUUUGCUUGCCAUUGAUUGCAACACUUGCUCUGGUGUUGUGUUGGUACUGCUGGAGAAAUAGAAGAUCUAAUUUUAAAGUUAUUAGACAAGACAAUCAAAUUUGCACCAUCGAGAAGCCUGGCUUUUCAAAUGUGGGGGACCAUCACUAUAUAACUUGCAGGACUCCAGAAACAACUCUCAUCCCCACAGGAUAUGAAAACAGCAUCCUCGCCAGAAACCAGCUCAUGUUACGUCCCUCGACAGCCUUGUUAGGGAGUAACCGUGACUUGUAUGAAGAAGUGGAGAUAAAGCUCGGUGGUUCUGUUGAUUCAGUCACAUGCGUUGACAAGAUCUAUCUUAAUAUGUCCAAUAAUAAAGUGGAAGAAGAAGAUGCUGUUGAGGAAGUCCAUACUGAGCCUGAAUUGGUGAGUGUCACAGAGGAGCUACAAGAGGCAGAUCGUCAAAGGCUCUAUAUGAAUAAAUCCGCAAACUACUACAAUCUAGUUCCUGGUAUUGAAUUAGAUGAUUCCGACCAUGGUGAAUAUGAAAACAUUGACUUGUCCUAGAGGCCCUGGAUCAUUUUUAUUGGAGACUUCACAAAAGCUAGAUCGAAACAUUUGACAAUAUGGAAAAGUGCCUUGGGCUGAUGAAGAUGGACAGAAGACUUUUUUUUUAGCACAUUUAUGUGAAGAAUAAAAAUAGAAUAAUUGGUGCAGGAGAGGUACAUUAUUGAAUUUAAAUACAGACUUACUUUUGGAGUAUUACUACUGGCAUUAUCACCAUCAGUCAAUGUAUGGGAUGUCAAAGUAACAUUCUCAUCUCAGUCCAACAUGUUCAAUUUUAGAGUUGCUCUCCCAUCAGCAGUUUCUGUCAAUGAGAAGCAAACCUCCAGUAGGUAAAUGUAGAACCAAUUCAGAGGAGUCAUAGAGGAGAUAAAGGAUCCAAAAUGGUGCCAUUAAUAUCAUUUGCUGUCAUUCUCUUGAUAAUUUUGAAUGAUUCCCAAGUACAAUCCAGUAUUAAAAAAUACAUCAACUGGAAUUGUGGCAGACACCAAUAGGAAUUUGAAUUUAUUUUACCCUAACCCAGCUGGCAGGAACUGAGUGAGUUUGCGUUCGAUGCCCACUUUAUAGUUUAUCUGAUUGAAAUUAACAGGGCGCAUGGUGUACUUCUACCUGGAACCCAGCCCUAAUCCAUUAAGCAAGUUCGGAUAAAAUUAAGGCUCACAAUUUUUAUCAGGCUUCUAUAUCAAGCUUUUACCAGUUCAAUAUUAAGUUCAAACAAUCAGUACAAAGAAAAGGUGGCAUUCUAAUGAUAUCAUUAUUUCUCAUCUCUCUCAAACCAAUCUUGCUUGUAAUACUGGACUGACAGGUGCAACUCCCUGCUUGGCAGGUUCGACAAGAUUUUUGGGAUGAAACUCCUGCCUGCCCUUGGGUAAAUGUUCAGUAUGUUUCAUGAAUAUAUGUUGUAGUGACAAAGCUUUAAGUACUUCAACCAAGUAGUCAUACUAAAGUCAUAGCGGACAGGAUAGUGUUUGAAACAGCAAGAAAAUUGGUCCAUGAGGCCUUCUUGCACUUCUCCCUAUCCCUGUCGAGCUGAUUACCAGGCAUCCCUCCUCCAUCCACAAUAGGUAAAUGGUAACAAGGAAGUGGGGCCACUCACCAGCUUUUCAUCCAGGCCACUGCCACCCCCAGGGAUCCUAUGACAGGUUGGUAGUAGUUCCUGAAGUGGUGAUGGAAGAUCAAUUCAGAAGGACAGGACCCAGCUGUUGGUCACUCCUCAGGUCCCAAAGCCUUACCUUAGGCUUUGGCUCAGCCUGAGGUCUAACAUUCAAUUGCCCUUUAAUCUUCAGGGCCCCGUAUCCCCUUUCAGAUGGGCUCCACUUCUUUUGGCACUGCAGCGUGGUUUCACAAGGCUAAUGCAACUUUAAGGUUGAUGCAUAGACGCACACCCAUACAGCUUACUGGGAACAUUGGUUGAGAGCCUACCCUAUCAAAUGAAUGAGGGAUUCCACCAGGAGUUCCUGCCCCUACACAAUGAAUGACACCAAACCAAGAUGUCAUGCUGAUGUCAUGGCACCAAGUGAAAUUUUCUCCUCAACCCUCCUGAGGUGGGAAAAGUAAAAUCCAGGCUUGAAGGUCAACAAAAUAUUUAACUAUGGAGUCAACAUAACUGAGCCUAACCCUGCUUUCUUCUAAUGCCCAUAUACUUUCCUGUGGGAUUGUUCCAAUAGCCAUGAUGAGUGAAACCUUUCUAGUUUUUUACUCUUUCUAGAUUGGGGUAACAACAAAGGCUUAUUGUAGCUCUUCUAUUCCUUCCUGCUGGGAUCAGUACUGAUAAGGAUUUGAAAUGUUUGCCUCUAUUGCAUAGCAACACCACCACUUGAUGCAGUUACACAGUGAUCUAUUGGGCCCAUUGGAAUGUAUUUUAAAUAUACUAAAAUUGGUGGUAAAUUGACAUCAUUCAAACACAACAUUUGCACUCUAGAAUGGUGUUUGUGGGAAGGUGGGCAAAUUAUUACCUCCUUCAAGCCAGAAAGCCCAUCAAGAGUUGGAUUAUGAUCUAGAAGCACUGGAUUCAUUAUUCACCUGUAGCUCUAUUAUUUUUGAAGGAUGUGUCAUUUGAUGCUUUCAUAAACUAAUAAUGUUUUAUGCUUUUCAAGCAAGCUUUUAAUAAUGAAACUAUAGCAAGCAUUAAUAAUGUGUUACUGUAUUUGUGUAGUAAAACACAAUACAUAAAUUGGGCUUUCCUGUCUAUUUUAUGAAUUUGGAAGGAUUGCUUAAUAAAUCAGAGCAACUGAUCGUAAUCAAGUGCCCAGUCACAACGUUGUAAAACUAAGAGCUUAUGGCUUCUUUGCCACAAUAACUUUAUGGAGAGAAAAUAUGGUAACUUAUUGUUGACUUAAAGACUUUCAGUCUAAUCUAAGCAGAAACCUGAGUACCAACACUGGGCUCAUUUCAGAAUUAUACAGAAGUUAGGGAGAAUAAAUGUAAAUCACUGUACUUUCAAUUUGGUCCGGACACUUCCAUGUUUUGUUUUUCACAAUGAAGAAAAGUAACCAUGAGCUUGAACAGAGGAGCACAAUUUUGUGGGUGAGCGUUAGAGUCUUCCUGUUUUUUGAUGUGCUGUCUGAGAGGAGCUGCUCAUUGUAUCAAUUCUGCCAUGCAAUGAUGUGACUGAUUACUUUGAUGUGUUGUACCAGGACUACAUAGUUGCCCAAAAUGAAGAAAACAGGGUCUAUUAUUAGGACUUUUUAAAAAAAAGCUGUGCCUUCUAAUGUUAAUUUAAUGGUAGAUUAGAUUAAUAUAUGUAAUCUGUGGUCUUGAUUAGCCAUUUUGUUCCUUAUUCAUAAAAUCAUUGUUUUACACUUGUCAUAAAACUGUUACAUUUGCGAUAUUGCUUCUGUAGCAACAAAUGAUUAUGUGUUUUUCAUAUCCGCUUUCAGUAUUACAAGGGUUUUUAAAAAUGGA